GCCAGGCUGGGCGGGCUGCAGGCGGGAGGCGGCGGCUGAGGAAGAUGAAGAUCCAGUUUCUGACAUGAGAUUCACUGAGUGAUCAUUUCAUUGAGAUCAACUUGAAUAACCAGGUAUUCAGUGCAAGAGGAAUACACCAUGGCUGAGGGCACUCAAAUUUAUUUAUUACCAGUCUCUACUUCUGAUUCUUCAAAAGAAGUAAAAAGCACAUCGUCAGCAUCUCCUAAUACCCAGGAUUCCAGUCAGCUGUCACAGAGACUCCUGAUAGAAAAACAGCAGGAAGAAGCAGAAUGGGAAAACAUAAACACGCUGUUGAUGACAUAUGGCCUAAAACCUUUGUGUCUUGUCAAGAGGAUGGACCUUAAAGAUCUCAUUGUUUUUGAUAAGCAGUCCUCACAGAGGAUGAGGCAAAAUUUGAAGGUGCUGAUGGAGGAGACAUCACGGCAGCAGAAGAUGAUCCAAGAGCUCAUAGACUGCAACCAGCAGCUGAAAAAUGACCUUCAGCUAGAACAAAACCGAGCAGACCAUCAGGAGCAACGGGCUAAUGACUUAGAAGAAGUGAUGGAGGGUGUGAAAUCCAAAAUUGGUGAAUUGGAAGAUGAAUCGCUUAAUAGGGUUUGCCAGCAACAGAGUAAAAUCAAAGAGCUUCAGAAGGAACAGAGAGCUUUACAGAUGAAAUGCCAACAUUACAAGAAGAAACGAGUGGAACAGCAAGAGAUUAUUACUUCUUUGCAAAAGGAGAUGUGCAGACUAAGGAAAGAGGAGGAGGAGCGUGUUAUCACUCAGAACAGAGUGUUUUCCUACCUCUGCCGCAGAGUUCCCCACAGCAUCCUGGACAGACAGUUGCUUUGUCUAAUUGAUUACUAUGAAUCUAAACUUAGAAAAAUCAAUUCACAAAGGCCAACACAGCAUGAAUUAAGACUUUAUAAACAACAGGUGAAGAAAUUGGAAAAGGCCCUUAAGAAAAGUGUUAAAUUACAAGAGCUUAUCAGUCCUAAAAAGACUGAGGACACAGAAAGAAAAGAUAUGCCCAGCAAAGAAAACCAUCAACCAGCCCUAGUUGACCAGAGAUACUUUCAGGUGCUGUGUAGCAUCAACUCCAUUAUUCACAACCCCAGAACUCCAGUAAUAAUUUACAAGCAGAGCAAAGGAGGAGCCCCAAAUUUCAACAAAGACCUUGUGCAAGACUGUGGAUUUGAACAUCUCAUUCCAAUAAUAGAAAUGUGGGCAGAUGAGCUGACAUCCCUAAAGGAUUUGUACAAAACCCUGAAGAUGCUGUCUGCAGAGCUGGUCCCGUGGCACAACUUCAGAAAGCAGAGUGAGAACGAAGGUGUCAGAGUGGAGGACCUGCUGCUCAUGGUGGACACCAUGCUGGAGGAAGUGGAGAAUAAGGACAGACAGGACAGCAAAAUGCCGAACCUUCAAAUGCUGCACGCUAUUGUCUCCCACUUCCAAAAACUGUUCGACGUGCCGUCCUUGAACGGAGUGUACCCGCGGAUGAAUGAAGUGUACACGAGGCUGGGGGAGAUGAGCAACGCUGUGAGAAACCUCCAGGAGCUCUUAAAUUUAGACAGCUCGUCUUCGCUGUGCGUGCUGGUGAGCACGGUGGGCAGGCUGUGCAGGCUGCUGCACGAGGACGUGAAGGAGCAGGUGAAGCGCGUGCUAGGACCUGAAGACCUCCAAAGCAUUAUCAGCAAGUUGGAAGAACAUGAGGAAUUUUUCCCGGCAUUUCAGGCUUUUAUUAAUGAUCUACUACAAGUCUUAGAAAUUGAUGACUUGGAUGCCAUUGUACCUGCAAUAAGGAAAUUAAAAGUACUUUCAUACUGAAAACAAACCAAAUCAUUUUUACUGUGUAAAUUGUAUUCCUAACCUUCUAAGCAUUACAGAACUGGUCUUAUUUUAAGACAAGAGUUCUAAAAUGUAUUAGUCUCCAGAAUUCAUCCUUUUCUUAGUAUUUGGGUCAUUCUUCACCAUAUUAUGUGUUUUUUUUUAAAAUUAGCCUUACAAUUCUUCUACAGAAAAUAGCUGCUAAGUUAUUGAAAUAUUGAAGUAAUUUAUUAGAUCCUGUAAUCAUUUCUUAAACAAUUCUUGAGUGCUUUACAGUUUGUGGUCAUUUUAAAGUAGUUUGUGUGUGAGACCCAGGGAGAGAGAGAUUGCAGAUGACAGAAAAGUUGGAUUUAAGUUCAGGGCUUAAUGGCCUUUGGAUCAGGCAAGAGGAAUCCCAGCCAGAAGGGCCUCUGCGCUCCUGGCACCCGUGUCAAGAUAUUCUUUAGAGCAGCUCCCCAUUCAGAGCAGGAGGGAGGAAAGGAAGAAAGAGAAAGAAGGAAGUGUGUUCUUUGUGUUAGGGCAGGAUCAUGGAUCCCAGGGUAAGAGAGAGAGAGAGAUUUUGCUGAGAAAGUGUCCAGUUGGCAAUCUUGUUGUAAUUAGUUUUAUAAGGAUAUAAGAUUUCAAAUAAAAAUUGUGUAA